GGACCAAAACCGGUUUUUGAACCAGGCUGUAAACAUGUUUAAUUCUGCUGUAAAGUCGGGCAUUUUAACAUGGGCCUCUAUGGGGACAGCCCCAAGCGGGCAUCUAGUGAACUGCAGUUUAUAGCACUUCCCCUUGGAAGAGGGCGAUGGAGGGACUCGUCGUGUUGACGGAACAUUGAACUGUUGGCACGUUAAUGGAGGAUAAUGAAUCAUCCUGACCAUGGGACAGCGUCGUCUGCUCUCCGAACUCAGUGUGAAUCGACUGUGAACGCCAUGUUCCCGCUGUCACUGCUGGAGGACGUGAUCGGCUCCCUGUUCUCGCGUGUCAACAUUGGAGCCGCGGUGGUCUCCCUGCUGGUGUUCCACUUAGUUCGUGUGUACCAGAAACAACGCCACCUCGCCAACGUUCCUCCGGGUCCGAAACCUUGGCCGGUUGUUGGCAACUUCGGCGCCUUUCUCGUGCCGUCGUUCCUCAAGAAGCGGUUCAGACCGCAGCCCGGCGCCGAGGGCAGCGGCGCGCCGAAGCACGCCGCGGGGAUCUUGACGGAGCUGGCCAACGUUUACGGUGACGUGUUCAGCCUCUUCGUGGGCAGCCAGCUGAUCGUCGUGUUCAACGGCUACGAAGUGGUGAGGGACGCGUUCUCGAACCACGCCGAGGAGUUCUCCGACAGACCCGACGUGCCCGCCGUCACCAUCAUGACCAAGCGCAAAGGAAUAGUCUUUGCACCAUACGGGCCCAUAUGGAAAAAGCAACGCAAGUUCUGCCACACCAUGCUCCGCACGUUCGGCUUGGGGAAGUUGAGCUUCGAGCCGCGCAUCCUGCAAGAGCUGGCUACUGUCAAAACAGAGCUGCUGCGACUGAAUGACGAGUCCGGUGGCGCCGGCGUGGACCUGGCCCCGCUGAUCGGCAACGCCGUGUCGAAUGUCAUCUGCUCAAUGACGCUGGGUCAACGCUUCCAUCACGAGGACCACGAGUUCCACAUGCUGCUGGGCCUGAUGGAGCGCGGCUUGGAGAUCUGUGUGAACAGCCCGGCGGUCCUCAUCAACAUCUUUCCUCUUCUCUACUAUUUGCCUUUUGGGGUCUUCAAGGAGUUGAGGCAGGUGGAAAGAGACAUCACAGUGUUCCUGAAGAGGAUCAUCGCAAAACACAGGGAAACAUUAGAUCCCGAAAACCCAAGGGAUCUUGUAGACAUGUACUUGAAGGAGAUAUUGGCCCAGCAAGCUUCUGGACAGGCGGACAGCAGCUUCACGGACGAUUACCUCUUUUAUAUCGUAGGAGAUCUCUUCAUCGCUGGAACCGACACCACCACCAAUUCAGUUUUGUGGAUUCUGCUCUACAUGGUUUUAUAUCCAGAUAUCCAAGACAAGGUCCAGGCAGAGAUCGAUGACGUGGUGGGGAAACACCGGGUCCCGUCUCUGACUGAUAAGGGGAGUUUGCCCUUUACUGAAGCCACUAUCAUGGAGGUGCAGAGAUUAAUUGUAGUGGUUCCUCUGGGUAUUCCACACAUGGCCUCCAAAACAACAGAGUUCAGAGGUUACACUAUUCCCAAAGGAACAGUUAUCUUGGCCAAUCUGUGGUCUGUCCACAGAGAUCCCACUCUGUGGGACGACCCAGACAGUUUCAACCCGGCACGCUUCUUGGAUGACGACGGAACAUUGCGCCGGAAAGAAUGCUUCAUACCAUUUGGGAUCGGCCGCAGGGUGUGCAUGGGUGAACAGCUGGCGAAGAUGGAGCUGUUCCUGACGGUUACCUGCUUACUGCAGGCGUUCAAAUUCAGACUCCCCGAGGGAACGCCUCCUCCUCCCCUGCACGGACGCUUCGGCCUGACGCUGGCACCCUGCCCGUUCACUGUGUGUGUGAGCACUCGCACUUGAAAGACUUGGUUUGAAGAGGUUUUCAGUAAACGACAGGGCCCUGAUGCCAAGGACGAUGAAAUAAGGGGAAUGGGAAAAAGAGAUAAAGUGAAAGUCUCCUGGAGACAAUUUAAUGUUUGGACAGUAUUCAGAUCUAUAUAUUUUUUGACUAGAGUGCGGCUGCUGUGCAUAUGUCAUUAUUAUUUCAUUUUUAUGUUAAUUUAUCAGUUAGUUUUACUUCACGUCAAGCAUUCCAUAAUAUUCCACAAAAGUAUCAUAAAUGAUCACAAUCCAAUGUGAUGUUUUAUCCUACUGUAGGUAUUUAGAAUCUGGAAUCAGUGACAUGAUAAUCAAGUCAGAAUUAAUGUCUAUUGUCAUAACUCUGUUUAAGAAGGAUUUGUCAAUCAGCUAAUUGAUUAUUAGGGACAGUACUAUAUGCCAGAUGCGUUUUGAUUAUGAGUUAUCUUACUGAAUAUCAUUGCAGUGUUUUAUUGUUGCACACCACAGAUUUAUAGAAAUCACUGAACAUGCUUGCCUACGUAACGUCCUAUGUUAGGGCAUUAGAGAAAGAUUUUAGUUUGUUGUAUUUCCAUAUAGACUUGAUGUAUGUAUGGAUAAUUCGCAACCUCUUUAGAUUAUUUUAAUAACAAUGAUGACCUCAAUUUGUCUUGGAA